AUUCAUUGGCACGGCUCGUCACGAAUCCGAGCCUAUAACGUGGUAUCCCAUCCCAACACAGCACGCCGUGGUGUACGGCGGAUAUAAGUACUAGUAUCAGAAUGCCGCCCAGUCCCCGUUUCAAAAGCGACAAGCUGCCUCUGAUUCUACCGACGGUCACUGCACUUUUAGUCGUGGUCCUGCUGCAAGCGCUCCUCAACUUCAAGCAACAGCCCCUGGCCCAAAUCCCGGUUGUCGGCCAAGAGCUCGGCGGUGACCAUGAGAAACGAAAGCAGUACCUCGCCAGAGCUAACGAGUUGUACAAUGAGGGCUACCAAAAGUUUCGCAAGGGAAUCUUCAGGAUUGUCACCUCGGACAAGUCGCCGGUCUUGGUCGUGCCACCCAAGUUCUUGAACGAACUGCGGAAACUCCCUGACGAGAUUCUCAACUUCGAAGAUGCCGUCUCGCAGCGGGCUCACUUUCAAUACCUCAAGAUGGCGGAGGGUGCGAAAAUGAUUCCAUUCACGGUCAAAAGCAGCCUAACCCCCGCUCUUCCUCGACUGGGCGAAAUCCUUACAGACGAGAUAGAACGGGCGUUCCGCACAGAACUCCCUCCUUGUGAGUCCUGGACGCCGGUCAACAUCAACCGGAAACUGCUCCGAAUCGUGGCCCUGGUGUCUGGGCGAGUAUUUAUCGGCGAAGAGCUCAGCCGCACUGAGGAAUAUCUGGAUAUGUCGAUAAAUUACACCCUAGAACUCAUGGCAGUAAGAAGGGCAGUGGAGAGAAUGCGACCGUGGCUUCGUCCCUUCCUUGUAUCAAGGUUGCCCGAAAUCAGGCAGCUCGAUGCUCGUCUGGCACAGGCCGAUAAGAUUCUCCAGCCAGUGGUUUCUGCUAGGAAGCAGCUGGCGGACAGUGAAAAGCCUGACGACAUGUUGCAGUGGCUCCUCGAUACCCAAGAGAAGCACAAGCGGUAUACAACAGAUGAUAUCGCCAGGGUACAGCUAGUCAUUACAUUUGCGGCCAUCCACACGACCACGUUGACAGCGACGAAUGUCUUCUACAACAUGGCCGCCUACCCUCAAUACGUUCCCGAACUCCGGGAAGAAGUCCGAAGUGUCCUCGCCGAGCAUGGGGGACUCUACACCACUUCAGCUCUACAAUCCAUGAAAAAGCUCGACAGCUUCAUCAAAGAAAGCAUGCGGUUUGACCCGCCCAACGCCGUCGCCUUCUCCCGCAAAGUCAGACAAAGCUUCACCCUGUCUGAUGGGCAGGUCAUCCCGCGGGGCGUGAUCAUUGAGGUUCCCGCUGGUGCCGUGGCGAGGGACCCGACUUUCUUCGACAACCCGGACGAGUUCAACCCCUGGCGCUUCUCCCAGCUGCGCCAGACGGCCAGGGAGAAGGGUGAGGUUGAGACGGCGGCGCAGCAUCAGUUUGUGAGCGUCAAUCCGACUGUUUUGACGUUUGGUUACGGGGCACAUGCUUGUCCGGGGCGUUUCUUUGCCGCCAACGAAAUCAAAAUGAUCUUGUCAUAUGCGUUGAAUAAUUAUGAUAUCAAACUGCCUGAGGGCGUGACGGAGAGGUAUCCGAACGUUACCUUUGGGACAAGUAGCGUGCCGGAUCCUACCAAAACGCUUCUAUUCCAGCGGAUUAGGUAAAGAGAAGCCAGAGCUGAGACGUCUUACCUACCAGGCUACACAAAAUUGGUGUGGGUGAGUACUAUGCAGUACUCAUCGGGUGCCUAGCGUAUUGAAUUAUGGAGAGGUUUUCAGCUUGAUCUUCCCUUGCCGUUAUUGGAGCAGUAUUACCCUUAACUACCUACUCCGC